GUUAGAUUGACUCUUUCUAGCAGCUGUGUUGUUGCCUACAGCUGGUAAACUGGUGUUUUCAAUCUGCAACAUUAUAUCUGGGAUAUUUCACUGCAACAUUAGCUGUCUGGUAUUGUUAGCCAUGCUAGCACCAUGGUUCUGUGGAUGGCAGUGUUUUCUUUUGGUCCACUACUUCUGUCCAGACUUAAAUAUCUCAACAACUACUGGAUGGAUUGCCAUGAAAUUUUGUACAAACAUUCAUAUUUAUCAGAGGACGAAUUUGAAUGACUUUGGUGAUCCCAUGACUUUUUAUCUGGCGCCACCAUGAGGUUCACAUUUUAGUCUUUUGGUGAAAUCAAAGAGUGCACAAAUUAUUAAAUUUGAGGGACUGAUUUAUCAAAAGCAUUUCCUCAUGACACCUACAGGGCUCCGUAAGGUGGAUGGUAUAUUGUAUAAAUAUCAUUACUCAGCCCUAUACUACCCUGCUUAAUUUAACAGUAUUAAAAUGUAAUAUAGACGCUCUCAUUGGCCAGCUUCAACUAGGAAUGAUGGCAGUUAACUGUUUUAUACCUAGUUUUUUUAAAACUGCAUAAUUAAAAUGUAAAUUUAAAUAUCAAUUUAUAAUUAGUUUGAAGGCAUCAAUUAAGUAAAUCAAUAUACAUAAUUAGUCACUGAAAAUGAUUCUGACAGUUAUUUUAGUAGUAGUCUCAUAACACUUAAACAAGUCAUGUAAUCUUUUGGAGAAGAGGGUCUUUGUGCUAAGCUAGGGUAAUGUGCCACACUUACAGAAUCUCUGUACUGCACGUCAGAGAUGAAAUAAGUCUCUAAAUUUUGUGGGUAAUUAUUUGUUGGUCUGCAUUCAUAAGGCCAAAGAAUGUUUAUGAGUUUGUUUAGUUGAGAUAUACUGGCUGGUGUGUAAGGUAAGGUCUUAAGCUUUAUCACAGUCUGAACAGCCAUCUAUCAUAAAAAAUGCACCUGAUUAUUACUGUUAUCUCACAGCUGAGGUUUGGCACCAAAAACAGUGGAGCGUCAACUUAAGUGUUUAUUUUCAGUUUCAGGUUUACAGUAUUAGUCGUUGCCUGAGAGGAAGAAAACAAUAAAAGAAAAAAGAAAGACUAGAGUAACAAGUUUUUUAUGUUUGGCACCUAUUCCUAUAUAUAUAUAACGGCAAAAUAACAAAGAGAUACCAAAAGGAAUAAUGAGGUAAUUCUUUACCAGAAAUAAACUCAGUGGAGACAGCUGUCCCUUUUGUUCUGCACUGUACUUCACUUUCUGAAUUACAUCUGAACUUCAACUGUCCUCCAAGCUGCAAAGGACCUGGAUUCAAUUUGGGUAAGUAAAAAAAAAAAAAAAAAAAAAAAAAAAAAAAAAAAAAAAAAAGCUUUUGUGUGUGUAUGGUAUGGAUUUUACUCAAGUAAACAAAGUCAUACAUCAUUUCAAGCAGAAUGAGACAAAUUAGAAAAGAAUAUAAAACGGAAUAACAAGGUAAUAAUUUACCAGAAAAAAACGGAAGUGGAAACAGAUGUUACUAAAGAGAAAACUUCCUUUUGUUUUGCACUGUACUACACUUUCACUUUCUGAAUUACAUCUGAACUUCACUAUACAUUCACUUUUCAGAUGUCCUCCAAGCUGCAAAGGACCUGGAUUAAAUUUGGUAUGAUGGCAGGUCGGAUGAAGACCUGGAAGACACUGAGGCUCCUGAUCCUCUUCAGCCUCCUCAGCCUCACUGAACCAUUUGAGGUGAGAGAUGACGAGUGGGAGGAGCUCAGGCCCGAUGUCGCUGCACUGCACCGCCUCAGAGGACUUCCUGAACACAUGUUUCACGAAAGGCUCAAGAACCCCUCGAACCAAAGGGACACACCCAUCCAUGGGGCCAGAGCUGCGAGAUCCAGUAGCUGGGUGGACAUUGAUCAAAACCCAAAGAGUUUGCAGGAUGACUUACAGGAGUGUGAGGAGAGUUUCACAGCGUGUGUCAUUCAGAUGGAACAGGGUUUUGACAGCUUCUUGGCAGCUAUUGAUGAACAGAAGAUACAAGAUUGGCUGCUAAGUGCUUCGGAGAUCUCGCACAGCUACGGCCAAAAACUGCUGGUCAUGACUGACAAAGAAAAGUCCACAAAUGACAGAGUCCAACGGGAAUACAGCAUGGAUCCUCAUUACUCAGUAAUAGUCAGCAACGAAUGCCUGUACAAUGUCUCAUGUGUACCAGAAGCAGACAGCCACACUGUAGUGAAAAUAUUUGGAAGUGUUUCAGAAGAUGGACAAACUGUGUCUGGCCUUUCUGGCUCAUCACUUGCAGAGCUGAUGUUGAAACCAUCACUGAAAGCUGUACCACUGUUCUCCCUUGAUGGAAAAACAACCACAAACUUCCAACAUAACUUCAUUCAGGUUUUUAAGGUCCGUGGCAUCAAAGCAGUCUUAGAAACAACCCAGGAGAAUCACCAGAUUUACCAGGUCAUCAAUCAACUUGACUCAGUUUCUGGCUACCAAAUUCCACAAAGACCAGUUGAUCAUACCACACAGUAUGACCACCAGCAGAUCCUUAUUAUGGAAGAUGACCAUAUUGUUAAAAAAGCUGCUACUUAUCUUCAUGAGAAGCACCCAACAGUUUCCUCUGUCUGCGUUCUUGAUAAAAACCAAAAACCUAAACUGAUUCACGGUGCCUCUGUGCCUCUGUCAGAGGACAGCAGACUGGUGCUGGUAGGCCAUGGCAUGAGAGACAACUCAGAAGAAAUGAGACUGGCAGGAUACACAGCAUCAGACGUCACCAAAAUCAUUCAACAAACCUUCAGGGUUGGCGAUAAAAUCAAAACAAUAAGUGUGGUGGGCUGUGAGGUCGGAUCAGAUAAAGCGUUUAUUGAAACCCUGCUGAGGGGGCUCCAGGCCGCCGGCAUCGAGGCAGAGCUGCACCUCAGGGAUGCUGUGCUCCAGGUCAGGCACACGGGAGAGAAAAUCACCCAAGAGAUCUCUACGGAAGGGCUGCAAUGGCGACAUAAAGAUGAUAGCAAGAAAGUGGUGGCAACCCUUGAUAGGAACGGAGACGUAAUUAUUAGAAAAGACCCUGGCAGUAAAGGAGAGGCAAUUUUUACCAAAGAAAGAAACUUUCUAAUAUUCAACAGAGACAGCUGGCCAUCUAACCCACAGACAUUUAUAGACCGGAAGGUUUUUGAGAAGUUUGAGAAUGCUGACCAAAUACGUAAUGCUUGUGAUGAACUUGAAGCUUUGUCCUGGGGCUUCUUUCACGCAGACCUGCCCCUUCCACAAAAAAUUAACAUAGAAAACUUGCAGCAAAUAGAAGAGCAUUAUUUAAUAGGGAAAAAGACUGGUAAAAAUGGGAUACAGUGGAUAGUGGAUGAAAAGGCACUAAAGGAUGUUCUUUCCAAGUGUUAUGAGAUUAAAUCAGGGAAAGAUGUCAGAAAUGUCAUCCGCCACUAUGCAAAGAAUGGAGAAAAUGAGCCCACAUACCUGAUGGUCAAUGACUGGAUAUACGAAGUUAAUCCUGAUACUCUGUAUGUGUAUCCAGUUGGAAAAAAGCUUGACAACAAUCAAAGAGAAAAUGAGGACAAAAUUAAAAAAGUUAAGGAAUGUAUUGUUGAACAGAUAGGCAAAGAAAAAUACAAAGACAUGAGAAAACAAAUUCUUCCGGAUACAAAAAAUACAGAUACAAAUAUAAACCCAAAAGAACGCUAUGCUCAACAUGUGAAAAAUAUUUUUCUUGGAGAGCACACAACUCACCUACCGCUAUCCACUGAGGCCUGGUACACCACAUAUUUCACUGCAUCAGUUAUAUCUGAAUCUGCUAGAAACUUCCGGACAUUUCCUCUGGUUCUUAUGGCCCUGGACAUGGUCGAAAGCUCAGACAACAAUAUCCGAGAGAAAGGACAGAAUUUUUUUUUGGAUGGCCAUUCAAUGGCAAGAGGAGGUAGUUGGAUUGACACAAGCAGGCGUGGAUUUAGAGGCUCAGCAACAACUGAAGGUUCUAGCAAAUUACGAAAUUCGAAACGUUCCGCUAGGGAGAAAUUAAUGACUGCACUCCACGAUGUCAUAGAAAAAGAAUUUGAACUGUACCAAUCGUGGAUUUCAAGGGAUGAAAAAGAUAUUUCAUCUGAGAUACUGAAGAUUGCAGAAAAAUACAAGAUAACUGAAAGUAAUCCAACUGCAAGCAAUCAUGUUGAAGACAUUUUUCCCAAGGAUUAUGAAACUUUCAAAACAGAAAUAAAAGAUAGAAGUGGACCUUCAGCAUCUGGCACAUUAGGAGGUUACAAUGACGGCCACGUAACAUCCCAAGACCUAAAAUCUGCCACAGAGUUGGAGAAUUCCUUCAAACUUGAAUCAUAUUUCUCCAGGGCGAGAGUAUUAUCUGCUGAACAAAUCCACAAUCAGAUAAAGGCAAAAUAUGGUGAAAAUCUGGCAGAGCUGCACCUCCAGGAGGGCAGUGCCAGAAUGGAGAACGGACAGUUCAUAUGUCACCUUGUGUCCCAGGGUGCUGAUGCUAAACCUGUUGAGUUUAGGGUUGAGUUAUCUCCGGAGAGUCAGCGCUACAAUGAAAAGAUGUUGAAGAGCAUUGACACAGCAGUUCAUGACCUGGAGAAUCACGGUUCAGUCUCCUCCCAUCAAGUCAACAAGUAUGUAGAGCACACUGGGACUGCUGUUGGGACGCUGGGCCUCAUGCUGGGGAUGAAAGGAGCUGUUCGUGCUUUUGAACAGGGUGACAUCGAAGAUGGUGUCGUGGGGACUUUGCAAACAGCUCAUGGAGUGACAGCCAUGACAACAUCUGUUAUUGCAAGACAAACGCUGUCCUCAGAGACAAGAAUCGCCAAAGCUGCAGCAACAAUCAUCAAAAGCCCUGCAAUGAAGGGCACUAUGACAGCUAUACCCAUGGUGGGAAUUGGAUUUGGGAUAUAUUAUUUUAAACAAGAUUUGAUUAGAGGUGACACACUGGGAUACACUGAUGCUGCCUUAGAUGGUGUUAUGAUUGCUUUGGAUGUUAUUGAAAUUGUUCAGCCUGAACUGGCACCGUUUAUAGCACCUAUAAACCUGGCUCUAUCAGUAGUCCGGAUGGUCAUUGAUGAUGUUUAUAUGGGCAUACAGAAUGAACUAAACAGCCUCCCGAAGAACGCUGGAGUUCUGGAGAGACUGAUGGCUGUUCUUCAUGGCUCUAAGAUGGGAACUUUGAAUUUUAACACUCAUGUGGCAAGUUUCUUUUACAAUUGGCAUUACGAGGAAAUUGAGGAAGGACACAGACUUGUUGCACAGAUAUCAGACUAUCACAAAUAUUACACAGUUACAAAGGAACAGGAUGGAAUGAGCGCCAUUGAUUUUAGUGGAGGCGACUCUUCUUGGAAUGGAGGAAAUAUUCAGUUCUGCCUCACUGACCAGGGUCAGUCUGAGCUCUGCAUGGACUAUUUUGUAUCUAGUGAUGAGAGUUUUACAAAGAAGUGUUGGAACAUUGAUACAGAUGGAAGCAAAGAUAUUAUUCUUGGCCUGGGAGAGUCACAUCAAUUAGAGCACAAGACACUACAGAACAAAAUACUCAUGUUCAUACCAGCCGGCUCUGUGACAGUGGUUUCAGGUUAUGAAGCUGUAUCAAAGUCAAGAUUUGGGAUAUACAAAGGAAAUAGAGAUUCUAAUCGUUUUUUUGCAAUUCAGAAAGCAGAGGAUCAACAUAUGAUUGAAGUCAUGUUAAGUUACUAUUACAAGCUUUACGGUGAACCAGGUGAUGACAUAUUCUUCCUCGGUCCACAGAGAAGUUAUGUUAAAGGCUCUGGUGGAAAAGACACAUACAUCGUUCCUGAAAAUGGAGGCAAAACAAUCAUUAACAACUACGAUCCUUCCAAAGCACUAGACACUCUUCAUUUCAGUGUCGAUUACAGUCACAUUUCUGCGUCUAAAUCUGGAGAUGAUGUUGUGUUAAUGUAUGAGGACAGUCAUACGGUGACCAUACAAGGAUGGUUUUUAGGGGAACUGUAUCGUCACAUGAACAUGAUGUCAGGAGACGGGGUCUUAUUUGAGAUUUCCUCCACUGUGGUUUCUUCUGUUCAGCUGGCAGCAAGAGGAAUUAACAAGAUGUUUAAGAUACGCGGUGAAACUGUGAAUGCAUCACAGCCACUUUUAAGUACAGUUACAAACAUCUUUGGGUCUCGGUAUGAUGACGAGCUCAUUGGAAAUGGAGAGAAGAAUCUGAUAGAUGGAGGAGGGGGCCGGGAUCAUUUGAUCGGUGGUGAAGGAGAAGACACAUACAUAGUGAAAGAGCGACAACAGUCUUCAGUGUUGAUUGAAAAUUACUCCAGAGACAAUAAAACAGACCUGGCAAUAAUAGAAGCAAAUCUUCAAACUUUUAAAGUCAGGGUAGAAGGUGACAAUGUUGUUCUCAACGCUUUCCAUGACAAUACAGCCGUCCAUGUGACUUUAGUGAGGUGGUUCAGAUCACCAGCAGACAGACACUUGCUUGUUGUCACAAAGGAUCUGAUCACUUUCACAAUCUCAGAUAACAAGGCUGACUGCCGGCAGAGCGACCCGUUCACCAAGUGCAUAAAAAGUUGCAGCAUUGACUACAGCAGCUCCCCAUCUGCUCUGGUGGUGGACCUUCAGGACGACAAGGCUUUUGACAGCGUGACGGAGGUCCGCGGGUCAGAGUUCAACGAUGUCAUCAGAGGGAACAAAGAACGCAACGUUGUUGUUCCAGGAAGAGGAAAUGAUUUCAUUCAGGGUAGAGGAGGAGAGGACUGGUUCGUUAUCACACCAGGCCAAGGAGUAAAAACCAUCGACAAUCAAUCACCAGAUCUAGCCUUGGACGUCCUCUUCCUGAAAGAACAAUAUCAGCAUAUAACUUGUACUUGUGAAGGACAGAGUAUCAUCAUUUUGGUAUACGGCAGAAGAGAUGUUGUUUUACAGAACUGGUUUAAAUCAAAGACUUAUCAGCACCUGCAGAUCAAGACCAGUGAUGGAAUAACAGCUGGAUUAAUGCCCAACCUCAGCAGCUGUGGAGAGUCUUUAAUGUUACCCUUAACUGUUGAUUAUAGAAACCAGAAACCUGAACCACUUAAUUUACUUCAAACACAUCUCCAGAAACGUAAAAGUGAUGUAGAAGAUGUGUCAGUUUCUUCUGGAUAUGAUGGGUGCUUCAGAUAUAGAAGCAAAAAUUCAGAGGAAAGAGUCUUCUGCGGCCUUCAAGGCAAAGUGAUGAUGAUGAAUAAAGUUGAUUCAGUGAAAGAAAUGUAUGGCUCCUCAGGUUUCGACAUCAUGGUUGGGAACAGCAAUGAGAACUUGUUUGAUCCUUACACCGAGGGUGCACUGAUGUUUGGAGGUGAAGGAAAAGACACUUACAUAAUCAAACAUGGAUAUGGAAACAACUUAAUGAUCGAUAACUUUGCAGAAGAUAAGAAUAUAGAUACUGUGUUGGUUGACAUGGAUUUCCUCGAUGGCAGCCAAGUCGAACUGGACUCAUCAACAGGAGAUCUGAAUGUGAUGAUCACGACAAAAGGGGAACAGUUAAAAUUCAGUCUGCUCAACUACAAUAAUGGUUACCAGCAUCAGCACCUAGAAUUUCAGAGCUCUGACGGCGUGAAUUUCAAAUUAAAAUCACUAAACUCAACUGGAAGUGUCCCUUUCUUUCACAUUGAAGCUUUCAAAGUGACUCUGAAACAAUCACAGGGUGACUGCCGUUUGGACCUCAACUCUCAGAGAAAUCUGUCAAAGGUCCAUACAGUGCAAGGCUGUCCCUCCCAGUCCAAUGACAUACUAGGUAAUGAUCAAGCCAAUGCUCUAAUUGGUGGGUGGAAGGAUGACGCCUUGGAAGGAGGCGAAGGAGAUGACACACUGAUAGGAGGGUAUGGAGAUGACAUCCUGAGUGGUGACGUGGGAGACGACACUCUUUAUGGCGAGGAUGGAAAUGACACUAUGAUGGGAAACUCUGGCUGGGACGUCUUCAUUCCUGGACCAGGGGCCGAUCUAGUGGACGGAGGUCCUGGAAGAGACACUGUUCUGUACCGGGGUGAUCAUGACACGGGUAAAGGGGUUUACGUUAACCUGCUGACUGGACAAGGCCGCUAUGCUGAUGCUGAGGGGGAUGUGUUGAAAGAUGUGGAGACUGUCAUUGGAACCAUCUAUUCUGAUAUCUUGGUGUCUGGGUACGAAAGUUCUCUUCUCAAAGGCUCGGACGGCAAUGACAUGUUGGUGUCCACUGGGGGUGAUUACCUGGUCGGGGGUGAUGGAAAUGACAUUUACAUGUUGGCUUUCGACCACGGUUCAGUCACCAUUGACAACUGUGCAAAGGACAGCGCCACAGACGUCUUGUACUUGAGCUCACAGUCAACACCAAUAUUUGAUUGCCAACUUUUAUCUGACAGAGUUCUCCUGACUUUCUUUGGAUUUAACCAAACUACUGUUAAUAUUACACUGGAAGGCUGGAUCGGUGAUGAUAAUGAAUGUGGUCAUUUGAAGUUGGUUUUCAGAGAGAAGCAGGUGUCAGUGGACAGGCUGCUACAACAGUGUCAGUUAAGAUGGAAGGAAGCAGUUUGGUCUUUAGUCAUAAGUUCGGUUAUCUGCAUCAGUCUUGUCCUCUUCCACUGUGUUAUCAUUUUACAAACAUGCAGAAAAUCUGUUUUAAGGGCACGACAGCAAAAGACGCAGGAACAAACAGAAACAAAUGUUGAUGCAGAAUCAGUUUCCAUGAUGCCUGAUGUGAUGUAGAGUUCUGUGGUGCUUCAGCUGAAAUGUAUCUUUGAAUGUAAGGACAAAACUGGAAUUUUAUUUUACAUUUGUCGUUUUAUCUUCAUUUAUCAUUUGUGGUUUGCAAUCACUUGUUGUUCAUGUUACUUUGAAAGCUCAUGACAGGUCAAAACAUUUAGUGAAUCACAUGGACAAACCUUGUUUUCUAGUAAGCAUGGUGUCUGAAUUGGAUCACAUUUAGCAAAUCCAUCCUGGGUCUUAGCAUCAUAGUUUGGGUACAUGUAGAUUAUGAUAACAUUGGACUCAUCGCUGUCAUUGUAGAGAUACAGGACACAAUUGCUCUCCCUGAAACAGUUUUAGAGUAAAGUCUGACACCACCAAACCUAUUUUCUACUGACUUUCCAGUUUCCUCAUUAAAAACUGUUGUGGUGGCAGAAUUCAGUGCAGAAGUUCUUUUAUGGUAAUUGGGAAAAUCUUUGAUAUUUGGGUGAAUUUCACCUUUAGGCCACCUAUCAAAGCCAGUUAUUUAGUGGUCUAAACAAAGGUGGACAUAAUAUUUCCCCAGUUCUCUGACCACUGUUGUUUGGGUGACAUCUAGGCUAAAAACUACAGGUUGAAUAGGAUGUGCACUGUGUAUUUUUGAUAUUGCGGUGAACUGUCCCUUUAACACUAUGCUGAAACUCUGUUUCCAGCUAAGGUCAGGUUCAAUUGAUCUAACUCUAGUUGAGCUCAACAUAGAAAAUCUGUUAUACUUUCACUCGAAGAAACCUUCUCUAAUACGAUAUUACCAAAACAAAAAGCGUAGUUGUGCAUCAGCUGCAGCUUUAAGUCAAAUGUGAUCCAGUCCUAGAAUCCAUACGUCCAGAACUUCUGAGAAAACAAGGAAACUAUUGAAUGAAAUUAAGAGGGAUUUAUACUUUCAGUAACUUCAUUUAUACACGAUUAAAAUCUAUAACUACAUAUUGUGUUUUGAUUUAAAUGUUUUAGACAUGUUUAAUGUAGAACAAUUCAUUUAACUGUUACUGUACUCAAAUGUUUCAUCAUAUCAAACUAAACUAUGUUAAGAAUCCUUGAUUUAUUCUUUAAAUAAAAUCAUUCAAAUUAUUA